GCUAAUCGCUAUCAGUCUGUGUUUGUCUCCAUCGCUUGGUGCCAUAUUGCGAAACUGUCAACCAGAAGAUGGAAAAAUACAAACAUAUGGCGAUACUGUAUACGUCCAGCCAGCAAAUGAUCCUUCAACUCUAAGUGUAAGGGCUGGGGAAAACCUCUACAAGAAGCCGUUCAUCUUCACAUCACCAUGCGAUGUAUCAUUCAAGGCUAUUUCUCUUCUGUACUACGGAACAUGCUCUGUAUCAGUGAGUUAUGGAAGCGAUGACAGAGUUCUUGAUAUGCUUCAAUUUCCAGAUCUGCGGACCCCUAACUGGCAUCGUAGAAACGUGAGCUUGACCAAUGCGGCUUCCGAAUCGCUUCAAGUGAUCAUGAAAAGCAAUAAUACGAGCAGGUUCCUGAUCACGAUUUCCCCUGGUAUAUCUAAUUGUGAAUUACAUAAAGUCGACCACACAGCAGCAAGAGGAUUGAUCAUCAUUGGACAGGUUAUUCCAACGUCUAUUUCUGCAAGCACUGUCCCCAGCACUGCUAAACCGACCAAAUUAGCUUCUAGCCGUUCCACACAGCAGUCGACUGCCUCUAAAGUACCAACUCCAGUCACGACAGUUACGACCACACGCUUAGUGGCUUCAACUAGCACCAAGGGCACAACAGUUCAGACCACUCCGCUGUUGCAGUCAACUAGCGCAACGGGCAGCUCUAUUCCUCAGAUCAAGAUAUCUGCUUCACCAACAGGCAAAAUGGAACAGAAUGACGGUGACUCGGUUGGAUUUAGUUUAGUUACUAGCAUUGUUAUUCCCCUGGUUUUACUGGCUGUUCUGCUAGGCGUUUUUAUUCUGAUGUUAUUGGCUAGGUCAGGAAUCUUUUUCUCUAAGAGCAGUCAUCCGUGGAUUAUUGCUGUUGGUAGAUCAACCGGCCCCAAAAAUAUGCCAGACCCGAGAAAUCAGUUUUACCGGAAUCGCGAUGGUAGUGACUGCGUUGACCAGAGUCCUGCGGCCGAACUGAGGAAUCCCGGGUUGUAUUCGUCUGUUGGACCUGGGUACGGCAAUCCAACCAACCAUCCCCAGACACCUCCUGAUAUAGCCGCUGCUCAUUAUGACCGUGUUACAGAGAACGAGUCGUACACGUACGCUACCUGUGAUGGUGCUGCUCCGAUGGGUUAUGGAAAUACGGAAACGAAGCAGAAAGAUGCUGGUGAGCCAUACGCUAGUGUGCAGUCAAUGUUUGAUCAACCAGCACAGGAAGUCAAGUCAAAUCCGGCGAACAACGAAACACAGGCAGCUGGAUGUGAAAGCUCAGCUCCAACUGUAAGCUACGCAGUUCCUAAUAAGCGGAAUACAACAGAUCUUUGCAGACACUACGAAAAGGCAGAGGAGUGCACGGCUACUAAGCGUGAUGAAGCACCCAGCACUACAAAUUCAAUCGAACACAUAUGUCGUGCUACGGAUGUAACAUCACUUAGCGUCUUAUCGAAGUCCGCACAAUCAGCAGUAAAUAACCAGGAUAAGUCUAUCAAUCCAGAUGAUGUGGAGCGCAAACAACGCCGUGGUCUGAGUGACGCAACAACAGUAGUAUGCCGCGAUACCACCACCACCACCACCAGCACCAACCCGCAGUCAUCUCGCUUAUCCCUUCCAGCCACAUACACGUCGACACCGGCCGAGUCAGACAGCCAAAGGUGUGUGUCUCCAUCUCCAGUCCCAAAGCCUCUGCCAUAUCGGGUAUUCAAAGUAUUGAAGGACAGCCAGUGCGAUUACAUGAACCCACAGGACACAGUCUCCAGUCAAGGGGCUGACCAGCCUAAUACAGACACAGAUCCUAACAUAUAUGCAGAACCAGCCACCUCCCUGAGCGAUGAUAUAUUGUGCAACGCAUCCACCCUUGGCAAAAGAGAUGAGGUGGGUGGUAUCUGCACUGUGCCGCUUGAUCUUCCUGAUCCUUCUGCCAUUUAUGCUGUGCCACAGAAAAACUGUGAAACAUGAAGUAUGUUCAUCUUUUCAGAUCGCAAUCGCUUGCUUCUCACCAUUUAUCAUCAUUUCCUGUCCAGGAUUAAAAUUAUUGUUGUCCGUGCAGACGACUUCCAAAAUCAAUCAUUUGUUUCCACGCUUUGUUUCUAAGUCGAAUUUCGGAAUUACAUCAAGUGAAAUUAUUCACAGAAUCUGCACGAACAUAUCCCCAACCCUGUAACGUUCUAUUGGACUAUCCGUAUCCGCACCGUACCACCCGAUUCUACCUAUUUUUUCUCUUUUACGUUUACUUUAUACCAGGCGUGGGCCAUCCCCUGUACAUAGGUGCCAUCAUUUUUCUUUGUUUCUUUACGGUUGCACUUUUUGUAGCUCCAUUUUAUCUGAAAAAAAUGUCAUGCACCUAAACAAAAAAGAUUCUAUCUAUUUUGCAUGUAACGCAGGUGAUAUUUUUUAAUCGAUUAUUUACUAUCACAACCGCCCGCUCUGUCUACUCUGACAAUACUGCUAGCCUGUCAGUUGUUUUAAUUCGUUAUAAUAAUAUCUGAAUGAAGUUGAGGACUUUGUGUUGCCUUCAAUGUUACAAUUCAUACUUGUAUACUUUCA